GCCAAACGUCUCAAGACCUCCGGAGGGCAAGUCGCCCAUUCUCUGUUUUCUCUAAAAUGGCAUCAACAACCAAGGCUGUUCAGACGUUCGGCAAAAAGAAGACUGCCACGGCGGUCGCGCAUGCCAAGGAGGGUCGCGGUCUCAUCCACCUCAACGGCUCGCCCAUCACGCUCGUCACGCCCGAGAUCCUCCGCAUGAAGGUCUACGAGCCGAUCCUCGUUGCCGGUGAGGAGGCGUUUGGCGCCAUUGACAUCCGCCUCCGCGUGAAGGGUGGUGGACACACCUCGCAAGUGUACGCCAUCCGCCAGGCCAUCGCGAAGGCGCUCGUUGCGUACUACGCGAAGUACGUUGACGCGUACAGCGCAAUGGAGCUCAAGAAGAAGCUCGUCGCCUACGACAGGACGCUCCUCAUGCGGACCCGCGGAGAUGCGAACCGAAGAAGUUCGGUGGUCAUGGUGCCCGUGCUCGCAGGCAGAAAUCGUGCGUUGCCUCACUUGCCGCCUGGACUGCUUUCAUUGAUACUUUGUUCUCACUAGUUACCGGUAAACGGUCACACUGGGUUGUCGAUUUGCUUUGCAUGUCAUGUACCUCCGUCACCUCUAUCUCCAUGUCAUGGCAAUAUGCAAAACUGUAUCUGAGUUUCAUUGGGAUCAUUAUGCCGAUCAUACCGUUCUGUCAAGAUGGGUUGUGGUGUCGUGGUGAUUGUGAUAGGCCUGCACGGAACAUUGUGUCAAUC